AUGGGUAGACCUAGAGGACCAAGGAAGCCUCCAGCGCAGAAGAAGCCACCCUUGACCCAUUUCCUAUGUCUGCCGCUGGUCACUAAAGAGUCUCGACCGCAACUGGAAGCCGCUAUUGCCAAGUUCAAGAACGAUGUGUGCCCUCAGGACUCCUCUACGGAAGCAAAGGCAGAAGAAGCAGCAGAACAUGACCGUGAGACUGUACUUCCAACGAUCCAUCCGAAGGCUGUGAGGCCGGUUGGAGCAUUGCACUGCACCCUGGGUGUCAUGAGUCUUGACAGGGACAAGCUCACGGAAGCCGUUGAGUAUCUUGAGGGUAUCGAUAUCGCGGGCAUGCUACGAGAUGUUGCAAGCAAGUCCGCCACGACAGACGAGCCAGCGUCUGAUGCGGGUGCCUCUGAACGAUCGACAUUAGACCGGCCUAUAUCUCUUCCCAGUCUUGAUAGACCAAAGCCGUUCGUGGUCGAUCUGAAGGGGCUCACAUCCAUGCACUCGCCAGAGAAGACUUCAAUCCUUUACAGUGCUCCGAAUGACGCUAGCGAGAGGCUGCGACCUUUCUGCCUGCGCAUUCAGCAGACGUUCAAGGACAAAGGCUUCCUCGUUGAGGACAAUCGGGACCUCAAGCUGCACGCUACUGUCGUGAAUACCAUCUACUCGAAGGGGAAGAGGCGGCCAGGUAGGCGUCCUCCUUCAAGCCAGACUGCUGGUACAUCUGGAGGACAAGGCGACCAGCCUCAAGGCCACGGUCCAAAUGCCAACGCGCCUCUGAAGAUCGAUGCUACUGCUAUACUGGAAAAGUAUAAGGACUUUGUGUGGGCGGAGCAGGUGAUGCUGGAUCGAGUGGCGAUCUGCGAGAUGGGAGCGAAGAAAAUGACUGACGACAGUGGUAACAUCGUUGAUGAGGUCUACACAGAGAUAGCAAGCGUAGCACUACCGACGUGA